GUCUAACUCGCCCCCUUAACUUAAGCCUAAAAAGUCAAGUCAAUGAAGAAGACGUCGAGGUCUUCCAAUUCGUUCAAAAAGCGAAGAGUGUGAAUCAGUGAGAUAAGAUUAUGACUGGUGAACCCUCCAACCAAAGGUUCGGAGCAACUUCCCUAAUGUACGCUUGUCAACAAGGCAAAGAAGGCGACGUCAUCAAAAUUAUCAAUGCCAAGCCGAGAUCGGUAAACGAAAGAGAAAGGAGUCUGAAGACGGCUUUGCACUACUGCGCCGAAAGCGGCGACGGCGGGGUGAAAAGUGCCCAAGCGCUGCUCGACGCCUCGCCGCAGCUUGUCUCGUCCCAGGAUCAGGAUGGAUAUUCGCCGCUCCAUUUGGCCGUCAUCGCUGGAAACAUUCCACUCGCAAGGCUUCUCCUUUCGCGGGGUGCACCAGUCAACGCCCCGGACAACGAGGGUCAUACGCCUGCACACUGGGCAACAGUUUGUGGUGAAAUCGACAGUCUUGAGUUGGUAUUAUCCAAAGGUGGAAAUCCAAAUUUGGGUGAUAUGCAUGGAGGAUGCCCGCUACACUAUGCGGCUCAAAUGUGUGGACCGGGAUCCGAAAUGCCAGCGGAUCGCAGAUUAGGCAUGGCAGCUCUUAGGAUCCUAUUGGACAAGGGUGCAGACCCAAAUUUACCUGAUAAUCAUGGCCGGCAACCAAUUUUAUGGGCUGCAAGUGCAGGAAGUUCAGAAGCAAUUCUUGUUUUGGUCAAUGCAGGAGCAAGCGUCGAAGCUGCUGAUAAAGAUGGUUUGACUGCUCUUCAUUGUGCUGGAUCAAGAGGUCAUACGGAUUGUGUUGAGACAUUGAUUUCUCUUUGCAAUGCUGAAGUUGAUGUGAUAGAUAAUAACGGUUGUUCCGCUUUAUUUUAUGCUGUAACCCUUGGACAUGCUGAUGCGACUCAAAGCCUUUUAAACCAUGGUGCAAAUACAAAUCGCCAAGACAGAAAAGGGAGAACGACGGUUCAUUGUGGGGCAGCAAAAGGCCAGAUAGAAACUUUGAAAGUUGUAGGAAAUUGGGGAGGGAAUCUUUGGCAGAGGACGGUGAGAGGUGACUACCCGUUGCAUGACGCUGUGGCUUCUGGUAGAAUCGCCCUCGUUCAGUGGCUUCUCAACGACCGCCCUGAUGCGGUGAAUGCCCCUAAUAAUGAUGGGCGGUGUCCACUUCAUGUAGCAUCCAUUCAUAACAACAUUGAAAUGUGUAAAGCUCUGCUUGAUUCUGGGUCUCUAGUGAACCCUGUAAUGCGCACAAGUAAAGGAGCACUGGCCACACCAUUAGACACAGCUUUGCACAAAGGACACAGGGGUUGUGCAAAAUAUCUGCAAUUACACGGCGGUGUUCCGGCGAGUAGGUUAAACAGUGAAUCUGCUGGUUUGAGAGGAUUAAACAGCAGGAUAUUGUCUACGCAUAGUGAAGCAAAAAAUGAAUCUGAUGAUGUUAAAGUCAAUGAAACAACAGAAGUGAAGGAGUCUAAAAAUGUCACUAACGAUACUAACGCUACUACUAUUACUACUCACAAAGAAAUAACAAUGUCUAGUCGCCCUAGGAUAUUACAGGUGUACGUGGAGGAUGAUGUGAUGAUAAGGCGUAUAAGACAUCAUGAAGGUAGCGACAGUAGUAUUGAAGAAAGAGUGAGAAGGAGAAGGAGAAAAAGAAAAACUAAAAAGUUAUCCGAAAAAGAUCACAACAUCAGAGGUGAUGUAUCAGCCCAAAAAAAACAGUCUCUCAGCAGUGAAGAAAACACCGACAGUCUUAACGAAAGGCCAAAAUCAUCAAGGCAGCAUGUCAGUGAAGGGAAAGUCAACUUGGAUCAAAUUGUUCAAACUGAAGCUCUAGCUGUAACAAACGAAUCAGGACUACAAGGGACUGAAUCUGUAUCAAUUCAAACAGAACUUAAAGAAUCAGGUAAUGGAGUUAUGAUAGCAUCGAUUGAUGAGGACUACCAAAUUGUGAAGAACGUUUCAUCAGAUUAUGUUGGGAUUACUGGAAAUGAAGAAACUACCAUUAAUCCUGAGAUGACAAGCAGUGAACAAAUUGUCACUCCUGAAAAGUUAAAUCCUAAUGUUCAAAUCAUUACUGCCAUAGUUCAUAGUGAAGCCGAGCCUUUUAAAAAUAAUGAAGAAGAAAGUAUUGUGAAUGAUUCAAUCCCUUUAAUUGAUAAAGAAAAUGGAAAAGUUGAAACAUCCAGAGAGGACAAUUCAAUCCAGCCCGAGUUGGAAGAAAACACAGCUCUAAGAGAAAGAACAGAAGAAAUCUAUUCCGUCCAACAGUCUGAUGUACCUGAGAAAGAUGAUGCUGUAGAAGAUGAAAUACGAAGUGAGCAAAAUGAGGGAAAAAAAGAAAACGAAAGCAACAUAGAUGAUGAUAGAAAAUCUGAUACUGGUGGUUCAAAUGUACAUAAUUUAGCAACUGAAACAUUAGAAGUUGGUGAAAAAAUAAAUGAUGCUUUAGAAAUAGUGCCAAACAUUUCAGAAAAUUUUAUUGAAUCAGAAAAUCCAAAUCAAGAUUUGACAAAAACCAAUGAACAGAUUGAUACAGAAGUUAGUUGUAAUAAUGAUGGCGUGAUUGAGGAAAGUGAUGUAAUCAAGGAAACAGUUUUACAAGAAAAAGAGGAUGGUGAUGGUAAAUCGAUGGAUGAUAGUGCAAAUGAGGAUGAUAAUCUAGAUGUUGAGAUUUCAAGUCAUCAGGUAAUAGAUUCAAAAGAAAGCGAAAUAAAGGAAAACGGCAAAGAACUUGCCCAUGAAAUUGACAAAGCAAACGAUGUCAUUAUUAAUGAAGAAACUGCUGAUCCAUCCUUACAUAAUGAACUUCAACAGAAAAUGUCAUUCGACGAACCAGAAAACGAAGAUUUAAAGAAUCUAAUGAAAAAUGAAAUGGAAAAAAAAGUUAUCCCCAUAGAUUCUACCAUGCCAAAUGAUAAUUUUGAGAAUGAACCUUUCAAAGUGUUAAAUGAUGAUGAUGAUAUAGCAAGGACAUUAAUUAACAGCGACAAAGGUUUGAUAAAAGUACUUGAUGACGAUAUAAAUGCACAAAAUGACAAUAAGGACGAAAAAAGAAGGAAGAUGAAAAAACGAAGAGAAGAUAGGAAUUGGAGAAAAGGUAGAUCAAGGGAAAGCUUUGAAGUCUUAAAUUUACCAACUGGAUUAGAUGAUAAUGAAGAUGAUUUAUCUCAGUCAACAAAGACACUGACAGGCGGCGAAUCGCCACAUUUACUGGACUCAGGGAUUGAACCUUCCCCAAGAAGGGACAGAGGUUCUGCAAAAAGAUCUAAAUCAAAAGAUAGAAGUAGAAUUCCAAGAGUUUGUAGAAAAGGGCAUGAAUCUGAGCAAGAAACAACUUUUUCUACCGUUUCAGUCACUCAGGCUGUUCAGUAUAGUGUAAGAAAGUACCAUUUAGAAAGAAGGAUAUUUCAUCAACUUCUUGAAUUGAAGCGUCUUCAGAUAAGAGCAGGUAGAGCUUCAGAAGCUGUUCUUGUUAAAAGGCUUGUAGACGAUUAUCGACGUGCAGGGCUUAUGCUCGGUUUGCAACAAUAUGAUGGUGUUUAUACAUUUAGAUCAUUUGAGAAAUAUCUAUAUGAACAACUGAGGCUUCUUCAGUCGUCAGAAAAAAGGAUUAUACCGAGGUUGAAAUCGACUGAUGACUUGGAAAGAUUGACAGCUGCUCUCAAAAAGACAAGAGCUGGACAAGAAAUCUUAGCGUCGGUUCCAAAUAAUCCAGCAUUGUGUACGUAUAGGACACACAGGUGCCACCAUGCUACGCACGCCUACACGGGUAUACCAUGUGCAGCUUAUAUAACAAAAUCCAAUCACCAUACAAUGCAAAAACCAGCACCAUACACAGGAUUCCUUCCGAAGUUGGUUAAUGACGAAAAUCAUGGGGAAGUCGCUAAAACUCUUCGCUAUGUUGAUCCAUCGAGGCCGUUGACAUUGGAAUUGAGUCAUGGUCCCGACAAACAAAUCAUCACGUUACCGACAGAAAAACUUGACAAGAGUAAACGUUAUUUUGUUACAUUUACAAUAAAAAGUGGGGAACAAAAAAAGAAUGUCAUCAAACACAAUCAUUCAACGAGUAUUUAAAAAACCGUCUCAAUGGUCUUAGAAUGUAUAAAUGUGUAUAAUCCAUAAAUGUAGCAAAAUUUUCGUGAAAUGAAACAAGUCAAAUUUAUUUAAAUCUCAUUAAAAAAUGUAUAAAUUUGAGACUGCAUUUAAAUCCAUCCAUUUUUUUUGUUUAAUAUAUAAACUAUGAAAAAAAAUAGAACAGUAAGUUUUCUGUGCUUAGAAAGAAACCAUCUUCACUCAAUUCCUCACAUUUGAAAAUGAUAAUUUAACAACCAAAAAUUAAACUGCCUUGAUGCCAUAAGAGUGAUCACAAUGGUACUAUCACAAAAAUUUCAGCAUUAAAUUGCUUUAUUUUCGUUAGGUCAUCAUUUCAUUCAAUAUUUACCUUAAAAACAAGAGUUAUUUAUUAUUUAUUUAUUUACAGAUUAAUUAUACAUUUAGGUUAUGUUAUUACCAAUAUAGUGAGGAUGGGCUAUUAUUGUUAUAUUUAUUGUAUUGAACAAUGUUAAAUGAUUGAUUAUUAUUUUUAUUGACACUAAAAAAAAGAAACAGGAGUAAGUAAAUUAAAAAAAAAAAUUAUGGGAUAUCAUUCAUUGCAAGUCAAGAUUAUAAUUUUAGAACUGUGAUAUUAUUUGAUUAAGACUUAAUAUAAUUUUACCUAUGCUUCC